UCAGAGGGAGCGAUACAGGUCACAUGGUACGGUCGAUGGCGGGCUGCUUCCCAAGCAAGCGCUCACAGAUCAAACCUCGUGUUGUAUUUUACUGUAGAGAAAUUUCGUCAUCACGGAAAAUAAACCGAGAAACUGGGCAUCAAACAGACUUAAAGUUUUGCAAUUUCGAACUUUAUCCUGAGAUGUCUUUCGAGGACGGAAGCGAUCUGGCCUCGAUCGCUGCUAUAGCUGAAUCCACGCUAGCAAACAUCAAAGACAAUUCCCAACCACAGCAAGGAGAAACAGAUCUAAAAGAGCCUAUGGAGCAGGAUGAAGGCAUGACAAUGCAGAUGUCUGUCUCUGAUGUUGAUGUGCAGCAUCACCCUCCGGGUGAUAGCCACACCAAUCAAGAUUCAGGGCAACCAGAAGAAGCUAAGCCCAUUAAGCACACUGAAGAUGGACAAGCGCACCAUGAAAUGACCCAAGACCCUGAAGCUCACAAUGUCACCCAUGAGGUGGCUACAACUGAGGGACAAUACCAAGCUGCCGACCAACAAAGCACUUAUGCCAACCUGCAGCCAAUUUUCCUGGCAAUGGAGAUGGGGCAGGAUGCAGGUCAGCACGAGGCGGAGGAGCAGCACCAGGGAGAGACUACGACAACAUCAGUGUCUCUGGGCCAGGGCCAGGUCCAGCAUAUCGUUGUUUCACAAGCUGACGGCCAGACCAGCCAACUGGUGCUCUCACAAAACCUUCAAGGUGCCAGCAUGCUUCUGAACAACCUGACGGCCACUACAGCCGAGGGGGGCUCUACUCCAACGUCACUCCAGUCCAUACUACAGGACGUGGUGUCAGGCAUGCAAACAACCGCAGGGACCGUGCCAGCCGCUAUCAUCACCGACCCCUCCUCAAGCACCGGCUCCUUUCUUAUUGUUAACCAGAAUGGUGUCCCGAUUGUCCGGCCUGUCCUGGUGUCCAACAUGUCGGAGAGUGGGGGUCACCAAGAAAUCCAGGUCUUGGCUGGCUCCCAUGGGAUGGAUGAAGGUGGAGAGGGCAGUCAGGAGACGGUGACAGUGGAAGUUGGUACUAACGUGGACUCAGGUUCUGCAGGAAUGGUGGAUGUUGACUCCAACUUAGACCUGGAUUCCAUGCGAGUGCAUCAAGGCGAAGGCAGUGGAGAUGAAGAUGGCUCCCAUGCACGUAAUGCAGCUGCAAAGAGAAAGCUAAGCAAUGGCCCCAGGAUCUGUGAGGAGUGCAACAAGGCCUUCAAGUACCCCUCAGACCUCAAGAAACAUCUGCAGAUACACACUAAUAUCAAGAAAUUCAAGUGUGAAGAAUGUGGACGACUGUUCCGACGCUUACACCAGCUCAAUGUGCAUAGUCGCAUUCACACAGGAGAGAAACCCUAUGUCUGCAACAGGUGUGGAGUAUCCUUCCGUCACGACUCUACUCUCACGAUGCACAUCCGAACACGUCACGAUCAUCUUCGUCCUUUCAAGUGCGACGAGUGCGGCAACACGUUCGGCCGACUCUCUCAUCUCCGAAAGCACGUCCGUAAGGUGUGCGGCAACCGACGAAACAAGGACCGACCGAUCGCGCAGUGCCGAUUUUGCGAGGAGAAUUUCCCUACGAAAGGCGACCUUCGCAAACACGUGUUGACCUGUGAUAAGAAGGAAGAGAAGGUGAAAUCUAAGGAGGUUACUCUGCACGUGUGUGAUCAGUGCAGUAAAGACUUCGCCAGCCCCUACAACUUGCGACGUCACCAGCUGACACACACCGACGAGAAGCCUUUUCAGUGUGAGGUGUGUGCCAGGCAGUUCAAGGAGAAGUCCUCCCUCUCUAAGCACAUCAAGCGCAAGCACACAGGUGUCGACCAAGGAAGUCAGACGGACGAGACUGGUGAGACGGAGUUCAAUAACGUUGACGUCAUCGCCGAGUCUGCAGCGGUCAGCGGUGUCUCCAUGGAUGACGAGGAAGAAGACCUGGAAGCAGAGACAUCCACGGUAGACGCAAGCUCUCUCAUCCCCAGUCACAGCGUGCACAUCCCUGACCAUCAGGUCCGGCUACAGGGAACCCAAGUCAUCCAGGGAGACAUCGAGAUGACCACCAUUGAGCUGAGCCUGCCGCCAGGCUCCGAGUCGCACGAGGCCACCGCUCUGCAGGCCGCAGUCGAGGCGCUGGUGUCUGCCAGCCAGCAACAGAUCCCUGUGGAACAGGAGAGCAUGGAGGUGACGGAAGAGGAAGGGGGGGCCGACAAGGGGAUCUUCGAGGCAGUGGAGGGAGAAGGCAUGGUGGCGCCUGCCGUGGAGUACCAGGAGGAGAAGGGUGAUGCGGGUGUUCAACUGACAGAGCAAACCUUAGGGGGGCACCCACAGGAGUAUGUGACCACCACCACCACCACUGAGGAGUCAUCCCCCCAGGAACAGGUAGCUGCUCAGUAACCUUGGCACCGUAACCCAAUUGACCGCUAAGUAACCAUGACAAUGUCACCCAAUUGGCCGCUAAGUAACCAUGACAAUGUCACCCAAUUGGCCUCUCAGUAACUUUGUCAAUGUCACUCAGUUUGGCGCUUUGUAAUCAUGGCAAUGUCACUCAAUUGGCCGCUGGGUAACCAUAGCAAUGUCACUCAGUUGCGUUCGUUGUGACGUCAUAUCCGCGUGGUGACCGAUUAUGUUCCUUUUCAAUCCAUUUUAGCAAUCUUAUCUUUGACGGAAGCCUUUUAUAAAACGUGAUAUGUGUAUGUAAAAACGAAGUCGGUUAGUCGGUUACUUUUCUAACAUUCUUUCGAUUCACUCUAAAGUUGGUUAAGCGGUUUUUUGAUAAUUUAUAGAAACUCGUCUAGUAAGUAUAUCAACUGUAGCGUAGCAAUUUUGAUUUUUUUUUCUGAAGAAUGUCGAACCCGUCGUCGUAUUUGCGGGGCUCCUGUGUCUUUCGUGUAUCAACACAUGGGUGUAAUCCAAUGAAUCGCAUAUAAGAACAGCAUCUCCUUAUCAGCAAGUGUGUAUAUAAUCAAGUAGCUUUUCGUUCACCGUACGUUUUAAACCUCAAUGAGCCCAUCUCAGCCACGCCUUUGUUGUUUUUGUCAUUCAAAAGACAAAUUGUGAAGACAAAUUUAUUUGAAGACAUUUCGAAGUAACCAUCGAAAAACAAAGUUUUAUACCUUAUUUAUCAAUUUUGAUUGAAAAUAUCGCAAAGACUUUCCCCCAAAUAAGCCGAUGGAAAUGGCGGCGGACAAGGACCUUUUACAUGUAAGUUAGUGUGUCUAGUGUAAAAUUACAUUUGUACAACUGUUCUGCGUUAUUUUUUGUCGAUAGUGGACGAUCUAAUGUAAUAAAGAAUCUGAAAAUAAAA